CGUUACGGAAUGGUCGCCGCUUAUUAACAAAAUCUCAAAACAGAAACGCGCAAGGAUACGUUUUAGUUUGAAAGUUAAAUAAAAAGAAAAAUUUAAUAUUCGAUUUUAAUAUAAAGAUAAAAAUAAAGGAAAAUUAAAAAUUAUUAUAAAUAUUUUAUAAAGUGAAUUUGCAAGAUGUGUUUGCUAAGCAAAAACUUUAUUGCAAAUAAUUAAUUAUUAAUACAAUACAAAAAGUGAAGAUGAAAUAUUGUGUUUUUAUAUAAUUAAAAGAAAAUAAUGAAAAAAAAAGUAAUAAUAUGAAACAAAAAUUUGGGGCUUUUAUCAACUUUAUAAUUUAAGCCAUAUUAUGUUUGUUGUUGAUUUGAGUGGCGCUAAUAGGAUUUAUUACUAUGGGAAUAAUUAAACACAUCAAAGUUUAUUUGUUUCAUCGAAAUUAACUACAAAGAAAAAACGAAUAUAAAAAAAUAAAUAUAAUAAAAAUCUUGCUUUAAAUGACACCUGGUCACUGGCAGACAGGCGAAGUUGCACAAUAAUAGCAAUUUCCUUUGAAAAAAUAAAUAGAAAUUUGCCAAGGAAAAUUGUUAUUUAGACCAGAAAUAUUUGAGCUAGAAGGCGUUUACAAUGAAUAAUAUUUCGAGCAAAUAAAUUGACUAAACGUAACGAAAAGACUACAAGAGUAAAGAAAUAAAUAAGAAAAUGAAGCUAUGGAAUAGAUAAAGUGAAAUUAACAAGAGAAUAAAUUACUAAACAAAAGAAAAAAAAUAUAAAUAUAAAGGUUAAAUGAAAAAUUUAAAAAAUACCUUAAUAUAAUGCUAAAACAAACUUAAUAGAAGAGCUUAAAAUAUAACUAAGUCAGCUUUAAAAUUGCAAAAAUAUAAAAAUAUUAUUAUUUCAAGUUAAACGAAAAAAAAAAUGUUGAGUUUGCAAAGAACAGUUUGAUAUUAUUGUUUGUCAUAAAAGUAAAAGUUGGCAAUAUCCUGUAUACAAAAGAAACAAAACAUUUAAACUUUUAACAUAUCAAUUUGUAAAUUUUACGCACAAUAGCUUAAAAUAUCUGAUUGCGGCUGUUGUAAUAAAGAAACACACGCACGCAGUGACAAAAACACCAUACAAAAGAAAUUUAUUACAAAAAAAUAAAAAAGUGAAACUGAUAAAGUAUCUAUACAUUUCAAUUGGCAUAUCAAAUGAAGGCAACAAAAGAAACAUAACAGAAGAAAAAUAUACAUAUAACCAGCACUGACAUAUACACAGCCUCUGAUACAUGCAUAUGAUUAAAAGAAAAUAAAGAAAAAAAAAAUUCAAAAAAAUAUAUAACACCUACAAGCUGAUGUAAAAAAAUACAAGCAUUCAGAUAAACAUACAUAAAUACAUACAUAUCUACAAACAUUACCAGCAACAAAUUACAUAUGUAUGUAAAAACAAACACCUGCAAAUCAACUUUACAUACAUACAUUGAUAAAAAUUUGUUAAAAAAAGAAAGCACACAACUACAAUAAAAAUAUACACACAAAUCCAGCAGGAACCAACAAGAUACUGUAGAAAAACAAACAGAACAAAAGGAAAAAGGAUUAUGCUAUGAAAAUGAAUCUCGCAUUUGAUACACGCAUUUUCAUACUUAUUUGUUGUUUGCUUCAAGGUUUAGCAGGCUUACGCCUUAUCAAAGUUUCAAUACCCGCCUACAAACUAAGAGGAGAGUCAGCAUUUCUCGAGUGUCAGUAUGAGCUAAACAAGUCGAGGGGGACGAUCGGUGGAACACAAAGCAGAAGUAGACACAAUUACAACAAUCACCAUCACUAUCAGCGUGGCGGUGGAGCAACAAAUAUGAAUUAUGUGGAUAAUAAUGACUCACAGGGUGAAGAUGAGGUGACAGCUUAUAGGCGUAUGCGUACACAGCAACAACAAAUGCAGCAACAGCCUUAUCGAAGACAGCCCUAUUAUCAACCUUUAGUGCAAGCCUAUCAAGGACAAUGGCAGGGCGGAAGUGGCAGCAGUAGUAGUGGUAGUAGUAGCAGCAUAGGUAGUGCAAGUGGGAGCAUAACAACACAUACAGGCACUUAUUAUCAGCAACAAUAUCCUUAUCACUCACAACAACAGCAGCAAUCUUAUUAUACGCAACAAUAUGAACAACCUGAAUAUCAACAGCACACACCACCGCCCUCACCUUACGGUCAUAGCAUCUAUCGGGGAAGAACACAAACAUCAUCAUCUUCCUCCUCCUCCUCUCUGUCUUCCUCUUCUAUUUAUCACAAUAAAUAUGGUGGUAGUGUUGGAGGUGUUGGUGGCGGUCAUGUUGGUGCCAGCACACAUACUGGCAAAACUUAUAUAAGUUCUAGUGGUGUCAUUGGUGGCACCAGUAGUUUUGCCCAUCAUCCUGAACGUGGCGAUGAUAGUAACGCCGACAGCCAUGAAAAAGACCAUGCGGAUGAUGUAGACGAUAAUACGAAUGAAGAUGAAGACGAGGAGUCUGACAACGAGGGCGUAUUCGAUAGGGAACAUGACGAAGAAGAAGGCGAAGAUUUAUAUGCCAUUAAAUGGUACAAGGAUAAUGAGGAAUUCUAUCGUUAUGUGCCAAAAGCAAAUCCACCAAAAACCAGUUACAGAGUCGAUGGUGUAAGAGUUAUUGAGGAACACUCUGACAGUACAAGAGUUUUAUUACGUGGUCUAACCAUAAAUUCAACAGGCUUAUAUCGUUGUGAAGUAUCUGCUGAAGCACCAAACUUUUCAUCCGUUCAAGGUGAAGGUCGAAUGGAUAUUGUGUAUCUACCACGUGAUGGUCCACAUAUCAAAGGACAACAAUUUCAAUAUCAAAUUGGUGAAACAUUAAAUUUAAAUUGUUCUUCAGGGAAAUCUCAUCCAGCAUCACAUUUACAAUGGUUUAUCAACGACCAAGCGGUAAGUAAUUGCAACUAUUUAACUAUAGAUAUACACACGUUCAGAGAUGAGGAUAUGGAUUUUAGACAUGUAUUUUAUUUAAAAAAUAUACUAAGUAUGCAAAUAACUUCUUAUAGUUUUUAAAGGGGCCAAUGUAUCCCUUUAAGAUAGUUUUAAUUAAUUCAAAAUUUAAAUCAAAAAGGACUUCAAUUGUUACUCUAGUGAGCUUUAAAAUUUGUAAUCAAAGUUACGUAUGGUUGUAAAUAGAUAAAGUUUAAUUGU